AAUCAAAGAAGAAGAGAAACCGGAAAACCGGAUGUUGAUGCUGGCAAAAGCUAAAUCUAGGUUGAUGUUAUUUGCAUUGUUUUGAUACUGACGCGUACUCGAAGGCAACUAAUUGUUAUUUAUGGACUCUUAAAUGAAGUAACAUUUCCGUUUUGAAUUAACAUUUCAAAAACAAUGUUUUACCUUGUAGAGGACAUUUGGUUUUGGAGGCAGAAUGGCCCAGAUUAAUGAAUGAUGUUUUCGUAAAUUAGUUUAGGUAGCUAACGUUAGCACGGGGUAUUUUUCUUUCACAUAAGUUACUAGAUAGCUAACUAACGUUAGCUAGGUAAUGGAUUUUCAAAGAAAACAUGAUGGAAUUGGAGAUAAUUCGUGCUCAACGCUCAUUGUAUGUUUUGUAGCUAGUAGUGCGCGACACUGCUAGCUAGUAACCUUCAUUUCUCUGUGGCUAACGUUAGCUAGUAAACAACGUCGUUCUCCCUUAGUGUUCGACAAGGCAUUCCACACAACUUCUCCCACCCGCAGUCGUGGAUCUCCAAACUCGGUCUUAACUUGAUACCAAUGCGUGGGAUGAUGGCUACACAGGGCAGCCCUGUCAAGAGUUACGACUACCUCCUGAAGUUCUUGCUGGUUGGAGACAGUGAUGUGGGGAAAGGAGAGAUCCUAGACAGUCUGCAGGACGGAUCAGCAGAGUCUCCCUAUCCCUACAGCAGUGGGAUUGACUACAAGACUACCACAAUCCUGUUGGAUGGGAGAAGAGUCAAGUUAGAGUUGUGGGAUACGUCUGGACAGGGUCGAUUCUGCACAAUAUUCCGGUCAUAUUCACGUGGGGCACAGGGAAUCCUGCUAGUUUAUGAUAUCACAAAUGGCUGGUCGUUUGAUGGCAUUGACCGCUGGAUCCGGGAGAUCGAUGAGCAUGCCCCGGGGGUGCCCCGCAUCCUAGUUGGCAACCGGCUCCACCUGGCCUUUAAGAGGCAGGUGCCCACGGAGCAGGCCCGCGCAUACGCCGAGAAGAACGGCAUGACCUUCUUUGAGGUCAGCCCUCUGUGCAACUUCAACGUCAUCGAGUCGUUCACGGAGCUGUCGCGCAUCGUGCUGAUGAGGCACGGCAUGGAGAAGUUCUGGAGACCAAACCGAGUGUUCAGCCUCCAGGACCUGUGUUGCCGCUCCAUCGUCUCAUGCACCCCCGUCCACCUCAUUGACAAGCUGCCUCUCCCCGUGGCCAUCAAGUCCCACCUCAAGUCCUUCUCCAUGGCCAACGGAAUGAAUGCUGUCAUGAUGCAUGGACGCUCCUACUCCGUGGCCACCAAUGCGGCGGGCGGCAGCGGCGGCGUGAGCGGCAACAACAACAGCAGCAGCAGCAGCAGCAAGGGAAACAGUCUCAAACGCUCAAAGUCCUUUAAACCGCCUCCGAGCCCCCCCAAGAGUAGCAGCAGCAAAAGUAACUGUAACAUCACCUAGUGAGGGGCGAGGAGGAACUCUGAGGCCUCCCAUUGGGCAUAAUGCUAUCGCUGAUUGGGCGCUCAGGGGCCGCAAUUUGGAGAUGCAUAAACACACAACAGGAACUGUAAAAGCUGUUGAGUGAGUCCAAUACAGGCUUUCACUUCUUUCUCUAGCCCCUUAGCGCUAUCUUGUGGGUCUCCGUUAAACCUACAGCU